ACCCGAGGGAAAUGAGGUUCUUCCUCUCUGGCUCUGCCCAUAGUCUACGGACAUCUUCUAGUCCAGGCCAUACACUCGAACGCCGACUGCUGGCUCGCCGGAGAGAAAAUGCACGGACGUCCUCGCAAAGCCUCUAAACCAGAAGACGAAGAAGCUUCGGCGGCCAAAGGAGAGAAGCUCCGGGCCCUCCAGUCUCAACUCCUCUCCAAUCACCGCCAUAAAAUUUAUACUAAGGAAGCUGUAGAGCUUAGCACGAAGCUUCUCGAGAUCAAUCCGGAAUGUUACACUGCUUGGAAUUAUAGAAAACUCGCCGUUGAACACAAUCUGACUCAGUCCGACUCCGAUCCUAACUCGGUCAAGUCAAUUCUUGAGGAAGAACUUCGAAUGGUAGAAAUUGCUCUGAGGCAAAAUUUUAAGUCAUAUUCGGCUUGGCAUCAUCGCAAAUGGGUGCUAAGUAAAGGGCAUUCUUCAAUAGAGAAGGAGUUGAAACUUUUGGAGAAGUUCCAAAGUGCUGAUCCUCGAAAUUUUCAUGCAUGGAGUUACCGGAGAUUUGUAGCAGCUUUGAUGAACAGAUCAGAGGAGGAUGAAUUAGAAUACACCCAGAGUCUAAUUGAUAAGAAUAUUAGUAAUUAUUCUGCUUGGCACAAUCGAAGUUUUCUUCUGUCUAAUUUAAUGAAGAAAAAUGUAGAAGGUUUUACCAAAAAAGAUGAGGUUCUAAUCAAGGAGUAUGAAUUAGUACGUGAAGCUCUUUUUACAGAUGAAGAUGAUCAAAGUGGUUGGUUUUAUCAUCUUUGGCUUCUUGAGCAAACUGUUAAAGCUAAGUGUCCAGUGCUGGUUGCUACGUGGCCUGUUCAUGGCUCUGAUCUCAUUCUAUUGCGAGACAGAUACCUGGAUGCUUCCCCUUCUUCUCCAUUCAGUGCAUUCCAAUUUGAUUCAGGAACAUUUCCGCUUAUUCUUUACUUUAGUCAGGCUGUUGAAGGUGUAAACUCAUCUACAGUCAAUGUUGACUUUGGAUCUAACUUGAAUCAAGAUCUUGUUUGGAAACCUCUUUCAACAAUUAACUCUCAUGCUGCCCAAGUUUGGAUUACACAGUUGAGUCUGCCCAAUGCGGAUCUCCAUUCUUUAGAAGCUUAUCCUGUGGAGAUUAGCCUUGGACAUUGUCAAGGAAUCAUUUCUUCUAGUGGUAUUCAUUAUAGCCAAUCUUCUCAUUUUUCAUUUACAGUGCGUGUACAGCCUGUCAAAAAAGAAAGUACAGAAGUAUCAGGCGUAGAAAAGAUGUCAUGGACAGAUGAAAACUUUUAUCUUUGUGAGCCAUAUUCUGGAGAAUCAAAUCUAGUUGCUUGGUUUCAACAGGUAGGUUUAGGAAAUGAACAUGAGCUAGAGGCUAAUGCAUGGCAAGCAAAAAUUAUAGAGGAGGAAAUGGAACACUUCCGUCUGUUGUCAGACUGUAAAAUUGGAAAACUUACACUGGCAAGGUUGUUGACUGCUCAUGAUUCAUUAAUGUCUUCUGGCAAAUUGGUCCACUCUGAAGAAAUUCUUGCACUGUAUAGUGACCUGAUGAAGUCAGAUCCAUCACAUUACUGGUACUAUAAAGAUCAACAUAGCAUGGUUUUGUUGCAACAGGUGAUGUCUAGUAGGGAAUAUCUGAGCCACUGCUUUCACUAUAGGGACCUGACUUCAUCAAUCAGGGGCUAUCCUAUCUGUUUACGACUGAAUAAAUUAUCAUUAUCUCGCAUAGGGUCUGUUGAGAAAUUAUUAUGGGUCCAAAUGCUAGACCUGAGUCACAAUGAACUUCAAUCAAUUGAAGGGUUGGAUGCUAUGCAACUACUGACUCAUUUGAAUUUGAGCAAGAAUAAACUCUCAAGUUUUACUGCUUUGGAACCAUUAAGACAGCUGAAGUCAUUGAAAGUGCUGGAUAUUUCAUACAAUGAGAUAGGCGCACACUCUAUUGACACAACAAGAUAUCUAUGCUCAUCUCCUUUAUCUCAUUCAGUUGGAAAUGAAUGGGAGGGAGACAAAAUAUUGAUUGAUGGUGUUAGCCUGACAAAUUAUUGGGAAGCCUUUUUUGUGUUGAAAGGCCUGAAGUUGACACAGUUGGAUGUGGUGGGCAAUGCGAUUGCUGAUGAAAAUUUUACCUUAUUUCUGGUUAAGGUCCUGCCUACACUCAAGUGGCUGGAUGGUGUGCAAUUGAACUGAUUUUGAUCUUUAUUUAUUUUCUGCAUUUUCUUGUCUUUUCAGCUAUAGAUACAAAACGUAUCGUAUUUCUGUUUCUGUAGUUUGAACGACUUGCUUCAAAUAUUUUUCUUGGAUUGUAUACUCUCCCUUGUGCAGGGAAGGGAAGAAAAGGAAUUGAAUGGGGAAAUGAAGAGAAAAGAAAAGAAUCCUAUCUAAGAAAUCUAA